AUGUCAUUCAAAGGUAUCAAGAAGUCCAUUGUCCGGGCGCCCCAAAAUUUUCGGCAAAAAAUGAACAUGGGAGAGGUCACCCAGGACCCAGUGUACUUGGAUGCAGAAAGAAGAUUCAAAGAAUUGGAAGUGGAAACCAAGAAGUUGAGCGACGAGUCCAAGCGUUACUUCGCAGCCGUCAACGGGAUGUUGGACUACCAGAUCGACUUCUCCAAGGCCAUCGAGGAAAUCUACAAGCCUAUCAGUGGCAGAUUGUCUGACCCCACUUCCACAGUGCCAGAAGACAACCCCGAAGGUAUCAAGGCUUCGGAACAGUACCGGGAGGUGGUUAAGGAGUUGAAGGAAACGUUGAAGCCUGAUUUGGAGUUGAUCGAGAAGAGAAUCGUUCAACCAGCCCAAGAGUUGCUCAAAGUCAUCCAGGCCAUCAGAAGGAUGGCCACCAAGAGAGACCACAAGCAGGUGGACUUGGAUCGCCACAAGAGAACCUUUAAGAAGUAUGAGGACAAGAAGGAGAGAACUGCCAAGGAUGAAGAGAAAAUGUACUCUGCCGAGGCCGAGGUUUCCGUGGCACAACAGGAGUAUGACUACUACAACGAAAUGUUGAAGACUGAGCUUCCAAUCUUGUUCCAAAUGCAGUCGGACUUUAUUAAGCCUUUGUUUGUUAGUUUCUACUACAUGCAAUUGAAUAUCUUUUACACCUUAUACAAUAGAAUGGAAGAAUUGAAGAUUCCUUACUUCGACUUGACCAGUGACAUAGUGGAAGCCUAUAACUACAAGAAGGGAAACAUAGAGGAACAGACUGAUGCUAUCACAAUCACUCACUUCAAGGUAGGCCAUGCUAAGAACAAGUUGGAAGCAACGAAGAGACGUCAUGCCAUGAUGAACGGAGGUGCUCCAGUUGCCCCAGGAUCUGAACAGUUACCAGCUUAUGGUCAAUACGGCCAGCAGCCUCAGUAUGGUCAGCAACCACAAUAUGGCCAACAACCACAAUACGGUGAUUAUAAGGACCCCAAUGGACCAGGUUACCAAGCACCCGCAGCUGCUGGUGCUCCAGCUUAUGGGGGAUAUGGCCAGCAGCCAGCGGCUCCUCAGUAUGGCGUCCAAUCCCCGGCCACGACAGGUUAUGGUGUUCAGUCCCCAGCUACAACAGGGUAUGGUGUUCAAUCUCCAGCUACAACAGGGUAUGGAGCAACUCCUGCUGCUGCUGCUGCUGCUCCAGCAUAUGGUGCCCAAUCCCCUGUUGCAACUGGGUACGGAGCUGCACCAGCAUACCAAGCACCUGCUCCUCCUACGCCUGCUCCAAGUGCGGGGGGACAAACGUGCACUGCAUUAUAUGAUUACACUGCGCAAGCACAAGGUGACUUGACCUUUGCUGCAGGAGCCGUUAUUGAGAUUGUGGAAAAGACCAAUGAUGUGAACGGCUGGUGGACAGGCAGAUACAAUGGCCAAACUGGUGUCUUCCCAGGAAACUACGUCCAAUUGAACUAG